ACUCGCUCCUUUCUUGUUUUGCGGAGCAUGAUCAUCAUGCAGCCGAUCCCAUCGCCGUCGGAGGUCACAAUUGGCAGCUAGCUUUCACUGAUCUCAACAUCAGGAGUCAGGACUACAUAUCUGGACGCGAAGUCCCUCCCAACAUGUAUUAGCAGAUAUCUAGCUUGAAGCCUUGAACACAACUCUCGAGAUUUCCGCUUCCAGUCGGGGUUUUGAACAGGAUUCAAGAACUUAGAAGGUCCAAGUAUGACUUACAAGCCCCUUACAAGCUGUUGCCGCCAUUCCAGAAAAAGGUGGUCCGAGAAGAUAGCAGAGGGUCCGAGUUGCUGAUAUUACCCAGGGCAAGCCAAAAGGAGUAGCUUUGAGAUUGCCAAGCUUGCUUAUCACGUUGCAACGAUGACGUCCCUUGAAGCUGGUGAAGAUGAUAAGCAGACCAGUCUCUUGGCCGGAAUUUUUGCACCAGGACGCACUCGUUGGGUUUUUGUUGGGAUGCUCCUUAUGUCUGUGGUGCUUCUCCUGGCAUUUGUAUUACAGCCCCAAGCCACUGCGUUGGCAAGCUGGGGCCUUUCAUAUGCAGGUGACGGGCAGCAGGGAAACCUAGAAGUGAGUGAGCUAGGUGUGAAGAGCGAGAGCGAGAGAGACCUGGACGGACAAGAUUCACAAGAAGAGGGGAAGGCUGGCUCAAACGUGCAUAAGAGACUGUUAGUCCGAACGGAGGGGACAAACACAGCAGGUCUUGGGUCCAUACUUGCCCAGUCAAGAAGGAGCGCAGUAUUUGCAGAGCUGGUGCAAGCACGCCUGAUCAUUCCAGGAAUACAAUCAGACCAUGGGUAUACGCCCGCUGACUUGAUCAACCGGGCCAUCAACUCCAGCUGGGAGCUGCCAAGCAACCCCACAGUGUGUCGAGCCACCAUGCUCCUGCCGGCAGGUGAGAUCGAGAAGAUCUUGGAAGCGUGGUGCGAUAGUAGGGACGACGAGCUGGGGAAGACCCUCCUGCGCGUCUACGAAAGCUGUCACGUCAUACUGGACGAUAGGCCGUGGGAAGUGUCGUACGCGUUCAGCAGAUGUACCUGGCGGUGGACAAGGAAGGUUCUGCUGGGGAGUGAGUCGGAGGGUGUCAAGACCACCAAGGGGUCCGUGGGGUUGCACUUGAGAGAGUUGCAGAGAGUUCAGUCGGUUCAGCUGUGA